CCUUCGCCGUUUGGCUUCUCGUUAUGGAUCACUUUGCGAUGAUGAAGUCGGUGAUUUAGGUGGCUGAAGAGCAUAUUGCGACAAAGAAGUUAAGUUUGAGGCUGUACACUCGUCCAGUGUUGUUGUUGUAACUGCUGUUGGAACGCUCAAGAACCGAAAACUACGGAAGAAAAACUUGACAACGAACUUUGCCGACGCUUGCCACUAGCAGACGCUCUUGCUAUUUGCGGAAACGACGCGCUAUGCUAUUGUUGCUUUGCGAAGUGGCAAGAACGACUCGUGAGUUAGCGAGAGGCUGAUUGAUCCAUUCACGUUUCCUCCACGACGACAGCACGUCGUAGUAUGAGCUCUUUUCUCCGUCUUGGGCUCGAACGACGAUGGCAGACUCGGCGUAUGGUAUCGAUCUGGUUAAUGGCGUGCAUUCUUUCGUGUAUCGUGGUUCACGGCGACAACGACGUAGGCGUAUCGACAAUUCAAAAGCAUCUCCGUCAAUUGCCGCUUCAAAGUGAUACCGAUAAUGAUCCCCAACAAACAGCACGCAAGCUUAGUAUCUUCGGCACUGAUGAUCGACAACAAGUAACCGACCCAACUACCUAUCCAUACAGCGCUGUAGGAUUGCUACAGUGGAAUGAUGUCACAUGUACAGCUACGCUAGUCGCUUCGAACAUUGUGCUGACAGCAGCAGAAUGUGUCCUGGACUCGGACGGUGAAGUGAUCGAAAGCUUGCAGAGCUCCUCCUUUACUUUACCUCAAUCCACAGAGACGAAAACUGCAGCAGUCAGUCGAGUACACAAGCAGUCAGAUUUCUGGAUCAAGUGGACGAACAAUACAUACGUGCUGCUUGAGUUAGAUACUGAGCUAGGAGCCUCAAACGCUCUCAAGCUGCCGACAGCGAACACUUUUGCUGAAGACGAUCCCAUGAACGUCCAACUAGUUGGCUACAAGUGUAAUGAGGAAUCGAGUGAAUGUUUCCAACUAUGCAAGAUCCACUUCCCCAGUGAGUUUGGCGGUCCAGAUUACAUGCUACACCAUGAAUGUGAUGUGUCUGGGGAGCGUUCAGCGGGGUCGCCUAUGCUGAUCCGAUCCACAAAUAUGGAUACAUAUAUCAUUGGAAUUCACACGAACGCGAUCGGUGACGAUACAGUGGAGGAUAAUGUGGAGCAUUCAUCGUACACUGACAGUGUAGCCAAUCGAGGGGUACUAGGAUCGUUCGUGGAGCCCCAUUUAUCGUUCUUGGUUCAGCAAGCAGAAUCUUCGGCUGCCUCAGGUGGGACUACUACCUCAAGCGAGAGCUCAGUGUCGUCUAGCAGUUCCUUGUCCGAUUCUGCGUCCAAUAGCCAUGUCAGCAGCCAAGAUCACGAGGAUCAGACUGAUGCAGGAGCAAGUGAAGCGCUAGCUCCAUCAUCAGCUUCUUCGUCCUCAACUGAAACGACUGUGGCAUCCGCACAGCUUGGUAUCGGAACAACAGCAGCGUAUACAUGCAUCGGUGUGGUGUGUGCGUCAUGGCUGGCUAUUAUCUUCGCUGCUGGUCGUAGAAUCCGUUCCAAUCGCUGA